CCCUUUUGCAACAAAGUAUGCUUUAAAAUGUAAACCGUGGAGGCAUUUUCCUUGCGUUGUCCAGAAGGAACUUUGUCCUGCCUGAGCCUGGAUUAAUCAUGAGAGAGCUCGUCAACAUUCCACUGGUACAUAUUCUUACUCUGGUUGCCUUCAGCGGAACUGAGAAACUUCCAAAAGCUCCUGUCAUCACCACUCCUCUUGAAACAGUGGAUGCCUUAGUUGAAGAAGUGGCUACUUUCAUGUGUGCAGUGGAAUCCUACCCCCAGCCUGAGAUUUCCUGGACCAGAAAUAAAAUUCUCAUUAAGCUCUUUGACACCCGGUACAGCAUCCGGGAGAAUGGUCAGCUCCUCACCAUCCUGAGUGUGGAAGACAGUGAUGAUGGCAUUUACUGCUGCACGGCCAACAAUGGUGUGGGAGGAGCUGUGGAGAGUUGUGGAGCCCUGCAAGUGAAGAUGAAACCUAAAAUAACUCGUCCUCCCAUAAAUGUGAAAAUAAUAGAGGGAUUAAAAGCAGUCCUACCAUGUACUACAAUGGGUAAUCCCAAACCAUCAGUGUCUUGGAUAAAGGGAGACAGCCCUCUCAGGGAAAAUUCCCGAAUUGCAGUUCUUGAAUCUGGGAGCUUGAGGAUUCAUAACGUACAAAAGGAAGAUGCAGGACAGUAUCGAUGUGUGGCAAAAAACAGCCUCGGGACAGCAUAUUCAAAAGUGGUGAAGCUGGAAGUUGAGGUUUUUGCCAGGAUCCUGCGGGCUCCUGAAUCCCACAAUGUCACCUUUGGCUCCUUUGUGACCCUGCACUGUACAGCAACAGGCAUUCCUGUCCCCACCAUCACCUGGAUUGAAAACGGAAAUGCUGUUUCUUCUGGGUCCAUUCAAGAGAGUAUGAAAGACCGAGUGAUUGACUCAAGACUGCAGCUGUUUAUCACCAAGCCAGGACUCUACACAUGCAUAGCUACCAAUAAGCAUGGGGAGAAGUUCAGUACUGCCAAGGCUGCAGCCACCAUCAGCAUAGCAGAAUGGAGUAAACCACAGAAAGAUAACAAAGGCUACUGCGCCCAGUACAGAGGGGAGGUGUGUAAUGCAGUCCUGGCAAAAGACGCUCUUGUUUUUCUCAACACCUCCUAUGCGGACCCUGAGGAGGCCCAAGAGCUACUGGUCCACACGGCCUGGAAUGAACUGAAAGUAGUGAGCCCACUCUGCAGGCCAGCUGCUGAGGCUUUGUUGUGUAACCACGUCUUCCAGGAGUGCAGUCCUGGAGUAGUGCCGACCCCUAUUCCCAUUUGCAGAGAGUACUGCUUGGCAGUAAAGGAACUCUUCUGUGCAAAAGAAUGGCUGGCAAUGGAAGAGAAGACCCACAGAGGACUCUACAGAUCUGAGAUGCAUUUGCUGUCGGUGCCAGAAUGCAGCAAGCUUCCCAGCAUGCACUGGGACCCUACAGCCUGUGCCAGACUGCCACAUUUAGAUUAUAACAAAGAAAACCCAAAAACAUUCCCACCAAUGACAUCCUCAAAGCCAAGUGUGGACAUUCCAAAUUUGCCUUCCUCCUCCUCUUCUUCCUUCUCUGUCUCACCUACAUACUCCAUGACUGUAAUAAUCUCCAUCAUGUCCAGCUUUGCAAUAUUUGUGCUUCUUACCAUAACUACUUUCUAUUGCUGCCGAAGAAGAAAACAAUGGAAAAAUAAGAAAAGAGAAUCAGCAGCAGUAACCCUCACCACACUGCCUUCUGAGCUCCUACUAGAUAGACUUCAUCCCAACCCCAUGUACCAGAGGAUGCCACUCCUUCUGAACCCCAAAUUGCUCAGCCUGGAGUAUCCAAGAAAUAACAUUGAAUAUGUGAGAGACAUUGGAGAGGGAGCGUUUGGAAGGGUGUUUCAAGCAAGGGCACCAGGUUUACUUCCCUAUGAACCUUUCACUAUGGUGGCAGUAAAGAUGCUCAAAGAAGAAGCCUCAGCAGAUAUGCAAGCGGACUUUCAGAGGGAGGCAGCCCUCAUGGCAGAAUUUGACAACCCUAACAUUGUGAAGCUCUUAGGCGUGUGUGCUGUCGGGAAGCCAAUGUGCCUGCUCUUUGAAUACAUGGCCUAUGGUGACCUCAAUGAGUUCCUCCGCAGCAUGUCCCCUCACACCGUGUGCAGCCUCAGUCACAGUGACUUGUCUAUGAGGGCUCAGGUCUCCAGCCCUGGACCCCCACCCCUCUCCUGUGCUGAGCAGCUUUGCAUUGCCAGGCAAGUGGCAGCUGGUAUGGCUUACCUCUCAGAACGUAAGUUUGUUCACCGAGAUUUAGCCACCAGGAACUGCCUGGUGGGCGAGCACAUGGUGGUAAAAAUUGCUGACUUUGGCCUCUCCAGAAACAUCUACUCAGCAGACUACUACAAAGCUAAUGAAAACGACGCUAUCCCUAUCCGUUGGAUGCCACCAGAGUCCAUUUUUUAUAACCGCUACACUACAGAGUCUGAUGUGUGGGCCUACGGCGUGGUCCUCUGGGAGAUCUUCUCCUAUGGCCUGCAGCCCUACUACGGGAUGGCCCAUGAGGAGGUCAUUUACUACGUGCGAGAUGGCAACAUCCUCUCCUGCCCUGAGAACUGCCCCGUGGAGCUGUACAAUCUCAUGCGUCUAUGUUGGAGCAAGCUGCCUGCAGACAGACCCAGUUUCACCAGUAUUCACCGAAUUCUGGAACGCAUGUGUGAGAGGGCAGAGGGAACUGUGAGUGUCUAAGGUUGAAGAC